CACAGAAGCCAUCAUAACAUUCAUUUCCGUCCUUCGCAGGUUGCUUGUCCUGCCGUGUCUCUUCUACUUGGGCCUUGCUAACAUGCUUCUCAUAUUAGCCACUCCCCCGUCUCGCCUCGUCUCACACACAACCUCGUCUUCGCUCCUCGCCCAUCAUGUCUACUACAGACCGUGACGACUUCGCCGGCCAGUCCCCCGCCCCCCGGCCCUCAACGCCCUCCUCCCAGGACCGCCAGGGAGUCCUCGCCAACUCGUCCCCUCUCUCCUCCGCCCGCUCCGACGUGUCAACGCCCUCCGGAUGGAGCCCAUCGUCCAUCAUGUCGGCAGAGCCACCUCGGCCGUCUCAACCUCCCGAGACCUGGACCACCCAUCAUAUCGUACAGCUAUGCCGCAUACUCGACACCCACUACGCUCCUUUCGCCCUCGGCGCGCUCGUCCGCCUGAUGGGCAGCCGUGACUUUGCCCUUGUCGGCAUCAUGCUUGUGCGCAUCCGCCAGUCGGCCCGUGCCGAGAGCGACAGGCGCCACUCGGGCAUCGCUUACGCUUUCAACGUCCCAAUCGCCCACCAGACCGGCGGCGGCUGCACAACCGUCAUCAGCGGCGCUGACACCAUGGUCCACCGGACCUUUGACUCUGGUGGAAACCUUAUAAGCAGCCACGCCGUCGACCCAGACGACCUUUACCUUUACUAACCAGAUGUUGAUAUAGCGUGGAAUCAUGCAGCAAUCUACUUGUUCCCGAAUGUUGUGAAGCUACCAGCUUGGUGUCGAUGAAGCGCGCUGGGCUGUGUCCUCGUGAUUGCAUGCUGACUGCCUUGUCAGCGAAAAGAAUAUAGAGGACAACUCAAGUGAUGCUGACCAGACAUCUUCAUCACAGUCACAUGUCCCGUUGGCUAUGGUGAUUGAAAACUGUUCUUGUAGGCAACAAGUCUUGCCGUUUUGAGGACACGAAAUGUCAACAGAAACUCCUGGAUGUCUAUAGACUAUGUACUGA